AUGACGCCAAACUCCGAGAAAACCAGGCCACCUAAAAAAUUGAAAAGAUGUAUUGGAGGUGACAGCGAGAAGCGCUACAGAGCAACAUUUGACAAGUCACAGAUCUAUCAGAUGGAAAGAGUGUUUCUCCUAAACCACUACCCUGAUGUAGCAGCCAGAUCUGAACUGUCCAACAGCACUGGAUUAUCAGAAGCUCAGGUGCAGAUCUGGUUUCAGAACAGACGGGCAAAAUGGCGCAAACAACAAAGAAAACGUCGCCAUGAUGUGCCCGCCAUUUUCGGUUUGGGUUACCCGAGUCAUUUGGCUCGUUUUUGUGGAGGUUUUGAACCAUACACCCUAUUCCCAUACGAGUAUUACAACACCGAUUUCUGGACAUGCGCACGACAGCAAGUAGCAGCGUUUCAAUUUGCCUCGUCGCCAAGCACACCCACACCACCUGCGUCGUCCAGGCCCCACGAAUUGUACACGCCCAAGUCUGCCGACUCGGCAGCUUCUAGCUCGGAAGAGGUCCAAGGUGAGGUCGAAAAUUUGGAAAUUCGUAACGACUCAAGUCUGCUUUCGCUGCGGUUGAGAGCUAAAAAACACAUUUCCUCUAUGGAACUAGAGUCUCAAGGGGUUUAG